AACAGCGCAUACUGUAGCCUCAGCCUCGUCGAGUUCCUGCUCUCGCAAGGUGCUCCGGUGAACACAACCGACAUUGAGAACAUGACUCCACUACAUUACAGCGUCAAGUUCAGCCACGAAUCCAUAGUAGCAUUGCUUCUUGAAAAUGGUAUGCCCAUCGAUGCCGGUAUCCAUCGAAAGUCUUGGUCUCGGAGAACUGUGAAAACCGACACCACUUACCGGGCUUCGAUUUUGGCGUCUGAGCCCGACAUCUCCUGCACUGCAAUUGGUCUGACGCCUUUACACUUUGCGGCCUUGACGGGCAAUUUGGUCAUGACAGGGUUCCUUUUGAAGCGUGGCGCUAACCCGAAUGCUCUGUCCAGAUACAGAGAGUCCCCAAUUCAUCUCACGUUACGCAGAUCUCUGCACGGACCAAAGUAUGACGACGAUUGGACGGACUCAAACUGGAGAGUAGAGUGCGUGUUGGAUCUGCUGGAAGAAGAAGACGACGUUGGUGCAGUUCAUGCGAAUAUAACCAAGCAUCGCGAAGGCGUGCUCUGUGCGCUGCUCGCAGAUCCAAGAACCAGUCUGACGAUUAAAGACUAUCAGAAUGAGUACCCUUUGCACUGCAUCGAAUAUGGAAGGCUUGAAAGUGUGUGGAUGGUCAAGAAACUAGUGCUUAGGGGAGCAAAUCCAUUCGAAAGGAACAUGAAGCAGCAGAACGCACUGCAUCUUGCCAGCCGAGCUGGCGACCAUGACGCUGUCGCUGUUCUACUUUCUCUAGGAGUCGAGCCUGCCUCUUCGGACAAACAGGGUCUCAACGCUCUUCACCAUGCCGCACGAAGUGGAAGCUAUGAAACAAUCUCUCUCCUUCUAGAAACAGCUGUGACAACAACACCAAGCCUGGUAGCAUCGAGGGACACCUUGGGUCGAAACAUGCUCCACCACCUGUCCGCGACUUUCAAAGCUCGAAAAGAGACGAUAAAUUUGCUGCUUGACAAGGGGGUAGAUGGCUCAGCGUUGGACGCAUCUGGUGACUUACCCCUAGCGACCUACUUCAAAAAGCAUUGGCUGGCAGUAGAUGACGAUAUCUGCCAGUUGUUGGUUUCGGCUGAGGGAAGCCCCUUUUUUGUUGACAAAAACGGGCAAAACCUGGGACACUUAUGCGUUUCAACGUUGGGCUGCAGAGUUCAAGUCUUGAAGGUUUUGAGAGAUCAUGGUGUCGAUCUGACACAGAAAGAUUUGCGGAGCAGGACACUCUUGCACUGUGCUGCGAUUCAUGGAUCUGUCACCAAAGAACUCCUGCAUCACCUUCUCCAUGUUGUGGGCGUUGAACUGAAUGCAGAAGAUGCAUCUGGAAAAACAGCGUUGCGGCAUGCAGUAGAGAUGGUUUCAAUGGACCACGAUCCACAAAUGUAUGACUCCAAACGUUGGGACAGAACCAAAAGGCUUUUG